GCAGGUUCCCGGAAGUAGCGGCGCGGUCAAGAUCUCGGCUUGCAGGCUGGGCGUAGGGGUCCGCUGGGUUUGGCCGGCGCUAUGAGUUCCUUCGAGGGACAGAUGGUCGAGUAUCCUACCAUCUCCAUAGACCGUUUCGACAGGGAGAACCUGAGGGCCCGUGCCUACUUCCUGUCCCACUGCCACAAGGAUCACAUGAAAGGAUUAAGAGCCCCUGCCUUGAAAAGAAGGCUGGAGUGCAGCCUGAAGGUUUACCUAUAUUGUUCGCCUGUUACUAAAGAGUUGUUGUUAACUAGCCCGAAGUACAGAUUUUGGGAGAAACGAAUUAUGUCAAUUGAAGUCGAAACUCCUACCCAGAUAUCUUUAGUUGAUGAAGCAUCAGGCAAGAAGGAAGAGAUUGUUGUGACUCUCUUGCCAGCUGGUCAUUGCCCAGGAUCGGUUAUGUUUCUUUUUCAGGGCAGUCAUGGAACUGUCCUGUACACGGGAGACUUCAGGUUGGCAAAAGGAGAAGCUGCCAGAAUGGAGCUCCUGCACUCCGGGGGCAGAGUGAAAGACAUCCAGAGUAUAUACUUAGAUACUACUUUCUGUGAUCCAAAAUUUUAUCAAAUUCCUAGUCGAGGGGAGUGUCUGAGUGGAAUAUUAGAGCUGGUGCGGAGCUGGAUCACUCGGAGCCCGUACCAUGUUGUGUGGCUGAACUGCAAAGCUGCGUAUGGAUAUGAGUAUCUGUUCACCAACCUCAGUGAAGAAUUCGGAGUCCAGGUUCAUGUGGAUAAACUAGACAUGUUUAGAAACAUGCCUGACAUUCUUCAGCAUCUCACAACAGACCGUAGCACUCAGAUCCAUGCAUGUCGGCACCCAAAGGCAGAGGAGUAUUUUCAGUGGAAUAAAUUACCCUGUGGAAUUACUUCCAAAAACAGAAUUCCACUCUGCACAAUCAGCAUUAAGCCAUCUACUAUGUGGUUUGGAGAAAGAACCAGAAAAACAAAUGUAAUUGUGAGGACUGGAGAGAGUUCAUACAGAGCGUGCUUUUCUUUUCACUCCUCCUACAGUGAGAUUAAAGAUUUUUUGAGCUACAUCUGCCCUGUGAAUGCAUAUCCAAAUGUUAUUCCAAUAGGCACAACUAUGGAUAAAGUUAUAGAAAUCCUAAAGCCUUUAUGCCGAUCUUCCCAAAGUACGGAGCCAAAGUAUAAGCCACUUGGCAAAUUGAAGAGAGUUAGAACAACCCACAUAGACUCAGAGGAGGAAGAUGAUGAUCUCUUUGAUGAUCUGCCAGUACCUUUAAGGCACAAGGUUCCAAACCAGCGAACUCCUCACCCUGAGGUAUUUCCAACUAGUACAGUAUCACCAAACAAGCCUGAAAAACUGAGACAAAGCACAGGAUGCUUCAAAGCAGAGAGUAUGCAAACCUCACUUUGGGCCAACUUUAUAGACUGUGAAGAAUCCAACAGUGAAAGUGAAGAAGAAUUACAAAUCCCAUCCUCAUCUCAAGGAGGCCUGGUUCCUGCUCCACUUCAGCAAAAGGCUGAUGUGGAAGUACCACAGUGGGAAGUGUUCUUUAAAAGAAACGAUGAUAUCACAGAUGACAAUUCAGAAAACUUCCCUUCUUCCACAGAGGCAGGAGGCUCUCAAUCACCAAAGCUUUUCAAUGAUUCUGAUGGGGAAUCAACUCACAUCUCUUCCCAGAACUCUUCGCAGUCAACACACAUAUCAGAACAAGGAAGUCAAGGCUGGGACAGCCAAUCUGACACUGUUUUGUUAUCUUCCCAGGAGAGAAACAGUGGGGAUAUUACCUCCUUGAACAAAAAUGGCUAUAGACCAAGAAUUAAAGAGAAUAUUUCUGCCUCUCAGAUGGAACAAAGUUUACUUUGUCCAAAGGCUCUUUACUCUGAUUUGAAAAGCGGAGAUGAAGAUGUAAAUACAGUUGGAGAACCAACUAUAAGCAGUGAGGAACACAUACUUCAGGAAAAAAGGUUGCCGAAUCUUAGUAACAAUGCAGAUUCACAGAAUUCCUCUGAUUUUGAAAUUCCCUCUACUCCAGAAGCUGAGCUACCUAAACGAGAGCAUUUACAAUACUUAUACAAGAAACUGGCAACAGGUGAGAGUAUAGCAGUUGAUAAAAGAAAAAGCUCACUCUUAGAUACUUAAGAAUUUAAAUCACUUUAUUUUAGAGCAACCACUAAAAAACAAGAGAUGGCAGAACUAAAUCCAAACAUACCAAUCAUUACAUUAAAUGAAAAUGGUCUAAACACACCGAUGAAAAGACAGGGGAAAAAAACCAAACCCAACUGUGUACUGCAUAAGCAACUCACUUCAAAUGACAUAGGUUAGGUUAAAAAAAAAGUAAAAGGACUG